AUGGCACACUUAACCCCUUCCGGUGGACAGCCUCACCACCCUCACACCCUCUCCACCCUGGAUUUUCAAGGCGCCAGUAGUGCGGCUGCUGCGAAUGCGAUGCGUACAGAGCUCAACCGUCUGAUCUCUCAAGUCAAGGACGAGAACGAGCGCAAGCUGUUCCAAAAUGAGAUGGGAAACUUCUUCUUGCUGUUCAACCGCUGGCUGGCGGAGAGAUCCAAGGGUACAAAGAUCAACUGGGACAAGGUCAACUCCCCCCCAGAGGACCAGGUCGUUCCCUACGACAGCAUCCCCAAAGUCGAAUCCAGCCCCCACCUAAACAAACUCGCCGUCCUCAAACUCAACGGAGGUCUUGGAACCACCAUGGGCUGUGUCGGUCCCAAGUCUGCCAUCGAAGUCCGUGAUGGAAUGACCUUCUUGGAUCUGUCUGUUCGUCAGAUCGAGUACUUGAACAAGGCAAAGAAUGUGAAUGUUCCAUUCAUCCUCAUGAACUCGUUCAACACGGACGACGAGACGAAGCGCAUUGUCCAAAAGUACGCCACCCACAACAUCGAGAUCAUGACAUUCAACCAGUCGAGAUACCCCCGCGUCAACAAGGACUCGCUCUUGCCUACCCCUCGCCACCCCAACGGGGAUAUCGCAGACUGGUACCCCCCAGGUCACGGAGACUUGUUCGAGUCGCUCAGCAACUCGGGAUUGCUGGAUCAAUUGAUUGCAGAUGGCAAAGAGUAUGUCUUUGUUUCGAACGUUGACAACUUGGGCGCCACGGUUGAUGAGGGUAUCCUGAACCACAUGGUCGAGUCUGAAGCCGAGUUCUUGAUGGAGGUCACGGACAAGACCCGCGCCGAUAUCAAGGGAGGUACGCUUAUCGACUAUGAGGGCCAGAUCCGUCUGCUCGAAAUUGCCCAGGUGCCCUCGGAGCACGUGGAGGAUUUCAAGUCGAUCAAAAAGUUCAAGAUCUUCAACACCAACAACCUGUGGGUCAACUUGAAGGCGAUCAAGCGUGUUGUCGAGGACCGCGAGUUGAGUCUGGAGGUGAUUGUCAACAACAAGACGACGGAAUCUGGAGAGAAGGUCAUCCAGCUCGAGACUGCUGUCGGUGCCGGUAUCAAGCACUUUCAUAACGCCCAUGGUGUCAAUGUACCCCGUAGCCGGUUCUUGCCCGUCAAGUCAACCUCUGAUUUGUUCCUGGUGACCUCGGACCUGUACUCGUUGACCCAUGGCGAGCUGUCGAUCAACCCCAAGCGCAUGUUCAACACUGUCCCUCUCGUCAAGUUGGGCGAUCACUUCAAGAAAGUCAAUGGGUUCCUGUCUCGCUUCAAGAACCCCCCUCAUAUUCUGGAACUGGACCACUUGACGGUGACAGGAGAUGUCUCAUUUGGAUCGGAUGUUGUCCUCAAGGGCACUGUCAUCAUUGUGGCCAAUGCGGGGUCCCAUAUCGAUAUCCCCUCGGGCAGUAUCCUCGAGAACAAGGUCGUCUCUGGCAACCUCCACAUCCUUGAUCAUUAA